AUGCAAACAACUGUAGAUUAUUAUUUGAAUCAAGUAGAAAUAAAUGAUUUGGAUAAUAUAAUUAAUAAUGCUUUGAAUUGUGAAUUUGUAUCGGAAUCUGAAGUGGUGAAAUUAUGUGAGAAGGCUAAAGAGAUUCUCAUUGAUGAGAGUAAUAUUUUAUUUAUUAAAGCUCCAGUUACUGUUGUUGGUGAUAUUCAUGGUCAACUUUAUGAUUUAAAAGAACUCUUUAGAAUUGCUGGUUCUGCUCCUAAUACUAAUUUUCUUUUUCUUGGUGAUUAUGUUGAUCGUGGUUAUUAUUCUGUUGAAUCUGUUAUUCUUAUUGUUUCACUUAAAGUUAGAUAUAAACAUCGAGUAUUUAUAAUAAGAGGAAACCAUGAAUGUAGACAAAUAACACAAGUAUAUGGUUUCUAUGAUGAAUGUUUACGUAAAUAUGGUAAUUCAUAUAUUUGGAAAUGUUUUACAGAUUUAUUUGAUUUUUUACCAUUGGCUGCUUUAAUUGAAAAUAAAAUUUUUUGUCCACAUGCUGGUCUAUCACCUUCUAUUGAUUCACUUGAUCAUAUACGUAAACUUGAUCGUAUACAAGAGAUACCACAUGAAGGUGCAAUGUGUGAUUUAUUAUGGUCAGAUCCUGAAGAACGUACAGGUUGGGGUUUAAGUCCUAGAGGUGCUGGUUUUACUUUUGGUUAUGAUAUUACUAAAGCUUUUAAUCAAAAUAAUGGACUUGAUCUUAUUGCUAGAGCACAUCAACUAACUAUGGAAGGAUAUCAAUGGUCACAAGAUAAAAAUGUAGUAACAAUAUUUAGUGCACCAAAUUAUUGUUAUCGUUGUGGUAAUCAAGGUGCAAUUUUAGAAAUUGAUGAAAAUCUUAAUUUCACAUUGUAA